AUGUCUAGGGUUGAAACCAGAAACGUUACUACAGAGUUCCAAAAGGAUGGCCUCGAUGAGGUCGACCUAGUGCAGGCCAACAUCUUAGCGGCAGGCUUAGAUAAGAAGACUGUGCGUGUGGUCAAUGGUCUAGGUAAGUUAAUGGGUUCCAAAGAAAUGGUCCAAGUUGAAUUCAACAAGGACAAGCCAACUUCCAAGAUCUCUGCUAGUACACCACAUAUCUCCGAGCAACCAUGGACGCUUAACAACUGGCACGAACAUUUAAACUGGUUGAACCUUGUGCUAGUGUGCGGUCUCCCAAUGAUUGGUUGGUACUUCGUAGUAUCGGGUAAGGCAAAAUUGACAUGGCAAAUGGCUUUGUUCGCUACUUUCUAUUAUGCUCUAGGUGGUAUUUCCAUCACCGCUGGUUACCAUAGAUUGUGGUCCCAUAGGGCUUACAGUGCACGCCUACCACUAAAGAUUUUCUUCGCUUUCUUUGGUGCUGCCUCUGUUCAAGGUUCUAUCAAAUGGUGGGGUCAUUCUCACAGAAUUCAUCAUAGAUACACAGACACUUUAAGAGAUCCAUAUGAUGCUAGACAAGGUCUAUGGUACAGUCACAUGGGAUGGAUGUUGUUGAAACCAAACCCAAAGUACAAGGCUCGUGCUGAUAUUUCUGAUUUGACUGACGACUGGGUCGUCAGAUUCCAGCACAAACACUACAUCCCAAUGAUGCUUUUGUCCGGUUUCGUGCUACCUUGUUUACUCGGUGGUUACUUGCUAAACGACUACCUAGGUGGUUUAAUCUAUGGUGGUUUCAUCCGUAUCUUCGUUAUUCAACAAGCCACCUUCUGUAUCAACUCAAUGGCUCACUACUUGGGUACUCAGCCAUUCGAUGACAGAAGAACUCCUAGAGAUAACUGGAUUACCGCUAUUGUCACUUUCGGUGAAGGAUACCACAAUUUCCACCACGAAUUCCCAUCUGACUACAGAAAUGCUAUCAAGUGGUACCAAUAUGAUCCAACCAAAGUUUUUAUUUACUUGACUUCUUUGUUUGGUUUGUCUUAUGACUUGAAAACUUUCUCACAAAACAUUAUUCAACAAGCCUUGAUUCAGCAAAGACAAAAGAAGAUUGACCGUGAUAGUAAGAGUGUCAAUUGGGGUCCAAAACUGGCUGACUUGCCAGCCUGGACCAAGGAGGAAUUCCUAGAGAAGAACAGAGAAAACGAUGGUUUGGUCAUUGUUGGUGGUAUUGUCCAUGAUGUCUCGGGAUACAUUACUGAGCACCCAGGUGGUGAAAAGCUUCUAAAGAAUGCUUUAGGUAAGGAUGCCACAAAAGCUUUCAGUGGUGGUGUAUACCGUCACUCUAAUGCUGCUCACAACACAUUAGCUACUAUGAGAGUAGCAGUGAUGAAGGACAAUAAAGAGACUGCAAUGCGUUUUGCCCAAAAGAGAGGUGAACGUGCUGAGCGUGUCGAGAGAGCACACAUGAACUGA